GUAGACUCGUUUGAUUGGCUCGUUUUCACGUAUCCGGACAGGCACAUUCGUUGUCGACGGCAUUUUGGAGGUGAAAAUCUUGCCGCCGCCUCGAUGCAUCUACGAGCUGCCGGUGUCGGUCGAAGGUCGCCGGGCGCGACACGCCGCCAAGUGCAUGCGACCGCGGCCGCCAUGUCGUCUCCCUUGUCUCGCGACGACAUCUCGGCGAUGGCGAAAACCUCCCCAAUGCCGCUGACCCUUCAACAAAUGAAAACGUUUGCGACGAACGGCCCGGAACUCCGCCUGAAAGCGUCGGCUUUUCUGCACAACGAGCUCCAGGUUCGCUUUGCAAGAGCGGUCGUGGAACUGUCGGAACUUCCACUUGGACUGAACGAAACCCCUCCGGUCAAAAUGGCCAUCGCCAACUACACAAUGUUAUUGCACGAUCUGGCGGCGAUGAAAACACCGACCACAUAUGUACUCGACAUGCGGAGCAGGUUCCUUUCAUGUUUCUACGUCGAUCGAUUGCUAGGAAGACGACGCGAUCUUUACCGCGCGCAUCACGCAGAUGAAGCAGCAGGGGUCGAACUUAGUUCCGAUGAUCUGCGGCGGGCUGCACGCGAUCAAGGCCACGCCUCGUGUGAAGAACGCUCUACGUCUUCAAGAUGUGCAAGACGACUUAAACACCCGCCUGGACACAUUCUUUCUGUCGCGCAUCGGGAUUCGCAUGCUCAUCGGCCAGCACUCCAAAGUCGGCGGCCGCGUCAAGCUCACAAACGUCCAAGAUAUCGUGAACGAAGCAGUGAGUCGAGCAAGUGCGCUAUGCGACACCUACUGCGGGCCGCCGCCGCCAGUCGUUGUCCGCGUCGCUAAAAACGGCAACGCGCCGUUCAUGUAUGUGCGGUCGCACCUCCACCACAUGGUGUUUGAGUUGCUCAAAAACUCGAUGCGAGCCACUGUUGAGCGCCACGCACGCCUUCGAAGCUCGGACGGCCUGCCCAAGUGCCCGCUGCAUCCACGACCGCGCAUGAACCAUCACAGCCCCCUUCUUGGGUUCGUUAUCCCUGAUCUGGACACGAUUGAUGGCGUGACGAUCUUUCCACCUGCCGGUGCUGCGGGCUCUGCGCUUCCCCCCAUUACAGUCGUGAUAUCCCAAGGCGCGGAAGACUUGACAAUCAAGAUCUCGGACGAAGGCGGCGGCGUCCCGCGCAGCGAAUGGCGCAACCUGUGGCAGUACACGUAUACGACGGCGGACGUGGUCGACCCGGCCGUGUUCAAGGGGGAAGUGAAUUUUCGUGAUCAUUUUUGUGGCGGCGGGUAUGGUCUUCCGAUCUCGCGCCUCUUUGCCAGGUACUUUGGCGGCGAGGUCACGUUCCUGUCGUUGGAAGGGUACGGGUCGUCUGCGUUCAUCCAAGCCCAUCGUCUCGGCAAGCAAGCCGAGCUCGUCCCUGGCCAUACCAACUUUACGCUGCAGCCCCUCACGUUUUGAAUCGAUCGUUCGUUGUUGUCGACCCAUGGAUCGAGGUCGUUGUGGAAUACACCAAGGGGACGCCAUGUGACGAUCGGCACAAACGAGAAAAGAAUGGGACAGUGGUGGCGCUGUCAUGUGCAUGGAAGCAUGGCGUCAGAGGCAGUAGUGCUCGACGGCUUCAGCAUCGUCAUCAUGAUGGACCGUGGAUGUUACAAUCCCUGGCGCAUCGUGCGUGCCGCUGGAUAUCCAUUCCUGUGUGUAAACCAACAUGGGC